CAUCUAUGUACAGAGCACUGAAUACCAUCAGCAGACUCAGCCAACGUCUGUGGGAGCAGACACAACACCGACAGCACCGGGCAGGGAAAUCUUGAUGCUGAGGUGUUCCACUGGGAUGCUGACAGUGGAGGGAAAAGGGGACAGCAUCUAUAUUUGAAUCACUCCUUUCCUCAGUCACAAUCCCCCAACUCCAGCAACAGAACAUUGAUUACAAUAUAUCACUGGCAGUGUUCCGCCUGUCCUCUGCCUCCAUCAUCCUGUCUGCUUGUACACUGUGUUUGAACAGACCUAAGAGCAGUCUUCUCCAGUUGAACCCUGACCACCGACACACUGUACCCCCCUCACAUCACCCCCUCCCUUCCCUCGCCUCUAUUUUGCCAUGUCCAACGACAGCAGCCUCCCUGGUGUCUGGGAGGCCUCGGAUUGGGCAGACACCUCUCAGUGCCCACCCUCGGUGGGCGGGGCAACUUUUUUGAUUGUGGCUUACAGCGUUGUCAUAGCAAUCGGGUUGCUAGGUAACGCAGGCCUGGUGUUUAUCAUUGCUCGGCAACAGGAGUUGCGCAACGUUACCAAUAUCCUAAUCGCCAACCUGUCAUGCUCCGACAUCCUGAUGUGUGUGGUGUGUCUGCCUGUUACUGUCAUAUACACAUUGAUGGACCGCUGGGUACUAGGAGAGGCCCUGUGUAAGGUGACUCCCUUUGUUCAGUGCAUGUCAGUGACGGUUUCUAUCUUCUCCUUGGUGCUGAUUGCUCUGGAGCGUCACCAGCUGAUACUCCAUCCCACUGGCUGGUCCCCCGCUGCUGGCCACUCCUACCUGGCUGUGGGUCUGACAUGGCUGGUUGCCUGCUUCAUCUCUCUGCCCUUCCUCUCCUUCAACAUCCUCACUAAUGACCCCUUCCAGAACAUCAGCCUGCCUGCCAAUCCCUUCAGGGACCAUCUGAUCUGUAUGGAGCUUUGGCCGUCAGAUAAGCAUCGUCUCGCCUACACGACUUCGCUGCUGCUCUUCCAAUACUGCCUGCCUGUUCUGCUGGUGCUCCUCUGCUACCUCAGGAUCUUCCUACGCCUGAAACGACGCAGGUCACGUAGCUUUACUUUCUCUCAUAGUGUGAGAGCAUCUUUGCAUCAUGCUGUUUUGUGCAGGGACAUGCUGGAGCGCAGUGGGAGGACACGGGGAGCCCAGAGGAUAAACGUUAUGCUCUUAGCCAUCGUCAUAGCCUUCGCUUUGUGCUGGCUGCCUCUGAAUGUCUUCAACACAGUGUUUGACUGGCACCACCAGGCCCUACCCGACUGCCAGCAUGACGCUGUUUUCUCUGCUUGCCACCUAACAGCGAUGGCCUCAACUUGCAUUAACCCCGUGGUGUACGGCUUCCUCAACAGCAACUUCCAGAGGGAGCUGAAGUCAACGCUGCUGCGCUGCCAGUGUGGCAACCAGGCAGCAGAGAGCUACGAGAGCUUUCCUCUCUCCACUGUGGGCAGCGAGGGCUUGACGAAAGCCACCUCCCUCAACAGGAUGGGAUCAGUUUCUUCCCCGAGACCUGAGAUCAGCUCAGCAUUUCCAGUAAAAACAAUACCAGCUAACACCUAAUAAUGAGAACUGUCAAGCUGUGGCUGGGAGGUAAAUGGCUUGAGAUUGGCUGAAACUUGAACAGUGGAUAAUAAUCAUUUCCCAAGCAGCUUUCUGAGAUCUAUAAGCAAGUCAUAUACAACUUCACUUCAUUUCCAUAACUUUCUUGAGAGAGCUGCACAUCUUAUUGACUCAGACUGACUGUUUGUGGACAGGAAAGGACAAAGUCAUUAGCUGAUGUAGCUUUAUAUUCCAGACUAUGAGACAGGGAUAUUGUGAAUGGAUUCAAAGAAAUGGAGCAUGUUGAGAAAGCAGAAGAGUUGUUAGGGUGGGGGGCAAAGUGUUGGGGGCAAACAAACUGAAGCCAGACUCAACAAAAACAACACAACACACAAUAUGCCAAUUCUGUAGCCUUCAUCGAACUGCUGAGCAAUGCUAAGCCUGCCACAAAAAUGUAGCCUCACGUGUCUAACUGACUGUGGCAACUUUCAUGCCGUUGCCAGGGGAAGCAAUAAAAGGUCUGACCUACACCACACUUACAUGUAGUUAGCCAUCUCCGUUUCUCAUGACAAGAGCAGCAGAAGCCCUGGAUGUAAGCUCGUCCUCAAUCACUUGACGGCUGCUGGAUCUGUAAAUCGAGUCGGUCCGGACCGAGCUCCCUUUUUCUCUCUCUCCUUGCAGGGUCCUUCAUGAGCAAAUCAAUUGAGUCCACUCCAAGAAAUGGCUUGUGAGUAGUGAUGUCACAUGACCUAUCUAUCUGUCAUGACCACCCAGCCAGUUUGUAUAUUGCUCACAGUUGGUAGUUUCCAAUUCAAUUUUAUUUAUAUAGCACCAAAUCUCAUCCUUAUCUCAAGGCAUUUUACAUGGACGGUCAACUCCCUCAUUAAUUGCAAGAAACCUCCAGCAGAACCAGACUCAGUGUAGGCGGCCAUCUGCCUCGACUGGUUGGGGUGAGCAGAGAAAAAUGGGGAAGUGGAGAGGUGGGUGAAAAAGGGGGGGGAGAUAAGAGCGAGAGAUAAGGGAGAGGGGGAGGCGAGGGAGACCAGGAACAUUUGUGUAAUCAUCAGGUUUCAGCUCUGACAGACUAGUUGUUACAAUGAAAACAAUAAGGGUCAUAAUUAUGGAUGUCAAGAUGUUAUUAAUGAUAGCAGCAACAAUUCAUAUAAUAAUAGUAAUAAUAAUAAUAAUAAUAGUUGUUAUUGUCUGAAUCCUUCAGCUCUGGAGUCAGAGAUACCAGCAGAG